GUCAGGUCAUCCCCAUCCGUCAAAAUGGCUCGUCGUCCCGCGAGAUGUUACCGCUACUGCAAGAACAAGCCGUACCCUAAGUCGCGGUUCAACCGUGGUGUGCCCGACCCCAAGAUUCGCAUCUUCGAUCUGGGUCGUAAGAAGGCCAACGUGGACGACUUCCCCCUGUGCGUCCACAUGGUCUCCAACGAGUACGAACAGCUGUCUUCCGAGGCUCUGGAAGCCGCCCGUAUCUGCGCCAACAAGUACCUCGUCAAGAUCGCCGGUAAGGAAGGUUUCCACCUCCGUGUGCGUGUGCACCCCUUCCACGUUGUCCGUAUCAACAAAAUGCUUUCGUGUGCCGGUGCGGAUCGUCUCCAAACCGGUAUGCGUGGCGCCUUCGGCAAGCCCAACGGUCUCGUCGCCCGUGUGAACAUCGGCCAGAUCCUCGUCUCCGUCCGCACCCGUGACGCCAACCGCGCCGCUGCCAUCGAGGCCUUCCGCCGCGCCACCUACAAGUUCCCCGGUCGCCAGAAGAUCAUCGUCUCCAAGAACUGGGGCUUCACCCCCUUCCGCCGCGAGGAGUACGUCGAGCUGCGCCAGGGUGGCAAGCUCCGCUCGGACGGUGCCUACGCCCAGUUCCUGCGUGGCCACGGUCCCGUCGAGGAGAACAUGAAGCGCUUCCCUGAUGCGUAUGCCGCUUAAAUGGCGGUGUGGGGAAAUGGGAAAUGUCAUGAUUAGCGUUAGGACAAGAUAUCAACUCGUGGACCAAAAAAAAAGAGGCCUUUAUUGAUUUUCUUUU